AUGGCUUACUCCGCGGCAGUGCCUUUAGUUAAGGACGACGCCAUCCAGCUCGAUAAGUAUCUCCGUACGAAGUUACCCCUCGAUGAAAAGACGGUGCUGAAGUCAGUGCCGUUGCCGGGCUCUGAGCAGCCGGGGUUUUCGGCAAUCUAUCGCAACCAGGCUUCCCCAGACAAAGUGGUGCUGUGUAUCCACCCGCAAUUAACCACGCUUUACGACUUGUUCGAACACCUGGCUAAGAUUUACCAGAAGCAGGAGGCGUUCGGUACCCGUAUCACCAAUCCCGAUGGCUCUUACGGCGACUACCAAUGGAUCCUGUACGAAGACGUCUAUCGCCGUCGUCUCAACUUGGGGGCGGGGAUCUUCUUCGUUCUUGAAAACAACCCGUUCCGCACCGACUCUGAAGUCCACCAAAAGUGCGUGUACACCUCUACUCGUCCCGAAACUGCCGCUGGACAAUCGCCCGUCGACGCCCUGCCGUUUGUGGUGACGUUAUACUCGCACAACCGGGCCGAAUGGGUGCUUUCUGACUGCGCCUGUGUCGCCUACUCGUUGUGCUCCACUGCCCUUUACGACUCGUUGGGGCCGGAAACGCUGAAGUACAUUUUGGAACUCACUCAAUCGCCCAUCCUUAUCUGUUCUAAGGAGAAGAUUGCGAAUUUGAUCAAGUUGAAGGAACGGUUCCCUGAAGAGCUCUCUAAUGUCAUCGCGGUGAUCCUGAUGGAUGCGUUCAACGACAAUGACAACAGCUUGGUGGAAGCGGCUAAGGCUGCCAACAUCAUGGCCUACGAUAUUCACCAAGUGGAACGCUAUGGUGAAAUCAACCCGUUGCCUGUGGUGCCGCCGUCGCCUAACACCGUGUACACCAUCUCGUUCACCUCUGGUACCACCGGUGCUAACCCUAAGGGGGUGGUGUUGAUGAACCGUCAAGCGGUGGCGGCAGUGACUUUCUGCGCAACUCAAGCGGAGAACAUUGACAACCCUACCGCCUACCUGUUCUUGCCGUUGGCUCAUAUCUACGAGCGGAUGACUUGUCAGUUUGCGUUGUUCAAGGGUGCUCGUAUCGGGUUCCCGCCCUCGGCGCUGCCGCUUACAUUAUUGGAAGAUGUCCAAUUGCUUCGUCCCCACAUGCUUGCUCUUGUCCCUAGAGUGUACUCGAAGCUUGAAGCGGGUAUCAAGCAGCAAACUGUUAACAACGAAGAAAAGCCCAUUCUUAAGUCGUUGUUCACUCGGGCAAUCAACAAGAAGAUGGAAUUGCAGCUGAGAGAAGAAGGUGACCCUGGUAACCACAUUCUUUACGACCGUUUACUCGGUCUUUUGCGUAAGAAGAUUGGUAUGGAUCGUUUAGUCGCUUUCACCACUGGGUCUGCUCCCAUCGCUCCUGAAACUAUCAAGUUUAUGAAGGCGGCCGUCAAUGUCGGUAUGUCGCAAGGUUACGGGUUGACCGAAUCGUUCGCUGGGGUCAUGCUGACUCCCAAAUACGACAUCAACCCCGGUUCGUGUGGUCUGAUUGCUGUUACCACUGAGAUGCGUCUCCGUGAAAUCCCAGAAAUGGGUUACACUGCCAACGACGAAGGUGGUCCCCGAGGUGAAUUGUUAUUACGGGGCCCGCAAAUUUUCACUGAAUACUACAAGAACCCUGAAGAGACCGAGAAGGCCCUCGACAAGGACGGCUGGUUCUACACCGGUGAUGUGGCUCGUAUUGACGCCAAGAACUUCAACCGGAUCCACGUAAUUGACAGAGUGAAGAACUACCUUAAGUUGUCGCAAGGUGAAUACGUUACUCCUGAACGUUGUGAGAACUUGUACAUGGCUACCAACCCUGCUUUGGGUCAAAUCUACGUCCACGGUGAUGGUUUGCAAAACUACCUCGUUGGUGUGCUUGGCAUUGAGGAUGCAGUGGCUCCCGAAUUCUUCUCCAAGUUAUACGGUACUAAGUUCCCCACUCACGCUGAGGCUUUGACCUACGCCAACAAGCCUGAAAACAAGAAAAAGCUUCUUAACUACUUGAACGGUAAUGUUGGCGAUAAGUUGCAAAGUUACGAGAAGCUCAAGAAUGUCAGAAUUGCCAUCGACCCCUUGGGUACCCCCGGUGGUGAUUUGUUGACUCCCACUAUCAAGUUGAAGCGUGCGGUUGCGUUGAAGCACUUCCGCGACUUGUUCGACGAGUUGUACGCUGAAGGUAACUUAUUCGAAAGUGCCGCCAAACCCAAGUUGUAG